CCCGCGCCGCGCUCUCCCCGGCAUCUCGGGUUUACUCUGCCUCGGGUGUCCCGCCUCCCGCGCCGUUGGAGGAACUUGCGGCGAGUCUGUGCGCACUGUUAGAGGGAAGACCGGAGAGGCCGGAUCUCCUGAGAAGAGAGCGGCAGAGUGUAGCACGGCCUGCCCUGCACGCCCGGGGAGUGGAAGUGGGAGGGAGGCAGAGUUGCGGGAGGGACUGCGGAGUAGGUGAACUUGAGUCCGACUCGAGCUCGGGACGAGACUGGUCGGCUAGGCCCCCUUCCCCGUAGUACACCUGGUUUGAGGAGGACAGACCGGGCACAGAGAGACAGAUCGAGAAAGGAGACAUGGCCUCGUCAUUUCUGCCCACGGGGGCCACCACAGGCGAUAGUGGCGGGGAGCUGAGCUCGGAGGAGGAUUCUGGAGAUGUCGGAGACUCCCUCCAGAGCCCUGAGGUCGAGGCGUCCAGGAGCCUGACAGAGUUGUUUGAGAAGGCUGCAGUGCAUCUCCAAAGCCUGAUUCAGGUGGCCAGCAGGGAGCAGCUCCUGUAUCUGUAUGCCAGGUACAAGCAGGUCAAAAUUGGAAAUUGCAAUACUCCUAAACCAAGCUUCUUUGAUUUUGAAGGAAAGCAGAAAUGGGAAGCAUGGAAAGCACUUGGUGAUUCAAGUCCCAGCCAAGCAAUGCGGGAAUAUAUUGCAGUAGUUAAAAAAUUAGAUCCAGGUUGGAAUCCUCAGACACCAGAAAAGAAAGGAAAAGAAGCAAAUACUGGGUUUGGUGGGCCAGUUGUUAGUUGUCUGUAUCAUGAAGAAACCAUCAGGGAGGAAGACAAAAACAUAUUUGAUUACUGCAGGGAAAACAACAUUGACCAUAUAACCAAAGCCAUCACAUCGAAAAAAGUGGAUGUGAAUAUGAAAGAUGAAGAGGGCAGAGCUCUACUUCAUUGGGCAUGUGAUCGAGGACAUAAGGAACUAGUCACUGUCUUGCUACGAUAUGGAGCUGACAUUAACUGUCAGGACAAUGAAGGUCAAACAGCUCUACAUUAUGCUGCUGCCUGUGAGUUUUUGAACAUUGUGGAGCUGCUGCUCCAGUCUGGUGCUGACCCCACACUCCGCGACCAGGAUGGCUGCCUCCCGGAAGAGGUGACUGGCUGCAAAGCAGUUUCUUUGGUGCUGCAACAGCACACAGCUGGCAAGGCUUAAUCAAAAGACCUGAAAACCACGGGGUUAUACCAGCAUAGGGCUUCAGUGAUGAAAGAAAACUGCAAAAAUAGUACUCCUUUUACCACUCAUCUUUGGUGUGCAUUGGCUAAUAAAAUCACGACAUUCCAAAAAACUGGGAUUUUGAAGUAUCAGCAGUUGAUUCCACUUGCAUACAUUCUGGGGAGUAGAGUUUCAGUGGUGAACGUGUACUGUGUGUAAUACGAUCCAAUUCUGCUGAGCAUGCUCUGAAAUUUAUCACUGCUGUAGAGGGUGCAGCGAGGAAGAAACAGAUCAUAUUUUACAAUAUUAAACAUGGCUGCUCUUCUAAAAAAAAACAUACAGAAGCAAAAAGUGACCCACUGUACUACACUGUCAAUUAGGGAAAGUUUCAUGAGAUCCCAAUUUGGUGGAAAUCGAAUGAUCUCUUGGCAUUUAGAUAGCUAAAGAUGUCUAAUCUUUUGGCAAACAAAACUGGUAGGGUAGGAAAGAAGUGGAGCAUUAAGGAAAAGAAAGCAAAAUAGAAAAGACAGAAUUUUUUCUCAUAGGGGAUUAUAGAAGUUAGAACAACAGCCAUAUUUACUGAAAACCUUUAGAAUAAGAUCAGCAACCUCACUCUAUGAUUAAAACAUGGAUUCUGGAGAAUUCACCAAAUAGGUCAGGAUUCCUUAAACUCACCUUCAGAAAACAGGAGAGAGAUUUCCCUGGAGUUCUUUUAAUUGGCUAUAAAGUCCUGUCAUGUUUGGCAACAAUCUCAGGCCUGAGCUGUUGAGCCUAUUUGGAUCUAAUGUGAAAUUAUGCUUAAUGCCCCAAUACUUACAUAUUAUUGGCAAAGUGAUUUCUGUAUACCAGAAGAGCUUCUGUUUUUUUAUUAAAAGCAUAGACAAGUACUCCACAGUUUUUAUUUUAAGAAUAGACAAGUAUGCACAUCACUAUUAAAACUGGCUCCCUACAUUUGUCCUUUUAAGCCUAAACAAUUCCACCUGGGAAAUUCCGUGACAUUUCUUAUGAUAUAAGGAGAGUGGAUAGUUGUCAUAGGAAGAGGAAUGAAGGAAGAAAUAAGUUGAGAUGAAAAGAUGACCAUUUGAAGGAUGAUAGUUUUUCUAACAAGUGUCACUAUUAAGUAACAAACUUGCUCAGUGGCACCCUUAACAGUGGGCAAGAUUUUCAUUAGCUUGAGCUGACCACUCUUUCUGGAACAAGCCUUCCAGAGCAGAAAUGAGGCAUGUGAAUGCUGCUUGUUUUGUGAUUUUUCUCACCUUGACUUAUUUUUCUGAGAUGUAAACCGAAACCAUUCACCAAGAUUAUUCAUAUUUGAAAUGCUUUUUUAAGUAUCUGUGGAAUUGAUAUCCAUGUUAGUACCUUCUGAAAUGUUACUGUGAUUCUUGUAGCACUUUCUCUUCAUUAUGUAUUCUUUCACUACAGUCUUAGCUUCAUUGCAAUCUAGUGUUUAGCUAAACUCUCAUGUUCCACAUUAAUUCAAUGUGUUUAAGAAACAUUAUAGGUUGGCUACAGUAAAAGUGACCAUGGUGUUGCAUGUAGUUUUUGAUUAAUAUUACUUUGUGCAUCUUUAAGGCAUUAGCAAAUCAAAAUGUAUUUAUUCUUCUUAAAUUUACAGGGUAGUUAUCUGAGCAAGAAGCUAUCAAGGAGCUUCUUUUUUCAUCUUUCUUUUACAGUUUGUUCUUGAUACUUCUUAGACUGUUUUGCCACAUCUAAAACUAUUAUAGAUUGUUUUUUAAGCAAAGAAUA